UUUUACCACAAAUGAUUGAAGAUAAUUGCAACAAAUGUCGUAACAGUUUAAAAAACGCAUUGGAUACUUUUAUGGAAACUAUGAGGAGAAAUCGUCCAGAAUAUUAUGAAGCUUUAACGGAUAAAUAUGAUCCAGAAGCAAAUUAUUUCAAGAGAAAUAAUCAUUACGAUAAAAUUUACGAAGGUGUUGUUGACGUAACAUUACUUUUAGAAAAUGAUCAAGUUUUUUCAGAUGAACUUUUGUGCUUAUUGAAUAAAGGACCUUGUUCAAUUGAAGGAAAAGUUUUACAUCAAGUUCUAAACGAUGCUUUAUUAGACAAUUGCAUGAAAUGUUCACGACGUCAAAAAGAAGCUAUUCACGCAAAUCUCACAUACUUAUUCAAGCACUAUAAUUUGUCGCAAUAUAUUGAUGUAAAUGAUAAAGAUUCUUUUGAUAAAAUAGAAAUUAUUUCUAAAGAAUUUUUGAAUGAAACAAAGGUGACUUAUUCCGUUGAUUAAAAUCAUUGAUGUAAUUUACUUAGAUAAAUGUCUCAUUACUCACAAUUUGUUCAUAGAAAUUU